AUGGCGAGAAGGGGCUAUUACGCCGUUGCGCGCGGCAAGCCGCCGGCGCCGGCCAUCUACUCUUCGUGGUUUGUCCUUCACACGGAUCCUCGCGUUUGACGGAGGCGGUUAGAGAAGGGUUUAGAACAUGAGAGUCUGAUUACAGAACAGGGCUGCUGCGCAGGUCGUCACGCAGAGGUAUCCGGACGUCAUUUUCAAGAAAUUCGCUACUUUGGCGGAAGCGCAGGCGUUCAUGGCUAAGCAUGGGGUUGUGAGGUAUCGUGUUGAAAUAACCUUUGAUGUAACCUGCAUAAUGGAAGAGUCGCGCAGCAAUACCACCGGUAGCGAUGUCUCUCCUCCUCCCCCUCUUCGUCCUUCUCCUGCUCCUCCUGCUCAUUCGGUCCCCAAUCCUCCUGAAGGUGGACGACGAGGGGGGGGAAAAAUCGGAGGGGGAACAGGAGGGAAUCAAUUCUAUGUUGUUGCGAAUGGGAGUGGGAAGGGGGUCUAUGAGUCUUGGUUAGCAUCCCUCAUUCUUCCCCCAGGGCUCGAUGAUGGGGCCGGGCUGACUGAAUUUGAAUUAAAUUAACUGAAAAACAGGAAGCAAGCAGAAGUGCACAUUGUCGGUCAACCCGGAAUAUGUCACCAGGCCUUUGGCACGCGUCAGGAGGCUGACGAAUGGUUGUGGGAGUUUGGAAGGAUGCAGGAAGAGGUGGAGUACAGGGCUAAUCCGAAGCGUGGAUUGGAAAACCUCAGCGACCUUGCCAGGGAAUUGCCGGAGCCGCAGUGAAUUGCCGCACUCGUAGUGAAUCUCACCGCGCGUGCGGCCCCAACAUCUAUUUUUUUCGAGGAAUCUUUGUGGUGAAUUUUCCUCUCGAGCUCUCAUACGUCCGAGCCCUGUAGGUAUCAUGCGGGGCUUUUGAACCUGCGAUGCAGAUGCAAGUAUCCAGGAUUUAGCUGAACUACCGGCGAUUCAGAUGGAUGCAGUGGAAGCUGGGUUGGCACGCUUUAUCUGGAGAAAUGGAGGGGGUGGGGGGAGCUGAGUGACCGAGGCUUUUGAAUUGUGUGUGGUUCCCGUAAGGUUUUACUUUUUUUUUCGAAUAGGAGGUGUAGUCAUUGUUCUUCAUGACUGAAUAUUUUUUGCUUUUUUGGUGGAUCUGUGCGAUUUUGUUUACUGGGAAUUUCUCGUUUAUUCAACCGGCGAUUUACCGCUUCAGUUUUGCCGUGAUACUUGCUGUUUUAACGGUUACUGUUGGUUGUGUUUGAAAUUUUCACUUUUUUCACUUAAGGGAGGUCAGUGCGACUGUGCUGGUGGAGUGCACCCUUCUUGGCAGGGCUCAUCAACUAACGGCUGCAUGCAUUGUCACUCGUUGGAGAUGAAGUUUUUGUGAGAUGCACUAUGGAUCUUUGAUGAUAAAGAAGCUAUAUUUGACUCCAGUUCAGCCCGGGGUGUUCCCCGUGAGCAGUCUAUGAAGGAGUACUUGGAUUUAUGCCUCCAUAUCGAUACUCCUGAUAAUUUAGCAUUUUGCGCUU